UAUUUUACUAAUUUUUUAUGUUUGUUAAUAAUAAUUAGCUUAGAAAAUAAUUUUUAGAAUUAUGGUUAAUGUUUUUACUUGUUUGAUUUAAUUCAUUUUUGUUAAUUUGUUAUAAGGUUUUUUUUUUUUUUAAAAACUGAACAUACCUAGGUAAUUAAAUAAUAUGUUUUAACUGUUUUAAGAACUUUUGAAGUACUUAAGUACAAUAAUUUUAUUAAAUCUUUUAUUAAACGGUUAGAAGGUUAGAUGUUUAGAUUGCGUAAUACGUUACUUUUUAAUAUUUGUUCAAAAUGUGAAACAUCAAAAAGCUUUGUAUGUUUAAAUAUGAUCUCAAAUAAAAACACAUUUACUGUAGACGACAAAGUACAUAAAUUGGAAAAUUCAAUUUGCAACUACCACCAUGAUGCAUUAGAUGUAUUUACAAACAGUCUCGUUCUAGAAAAUAUGAUGAAAUGGAAAUCAGACAAUUUUGUCUCUAAAAACAAUAAAUUAUUAAGAGUCAAAUCAAAUUCUAUUUUUGAACUUUGCGAUGAUCCAGACCAUUUAACCACAUAUCUACAGCAAUGCUUGGAUGGCUAUUCCCAAGUCAGCGAAAGUGCAUUAAAUCAAUUCAGGUUAACAAUGGCAAGACAUGGCAAAAUUAAUGGUUUAGUAUUAAUCGAGAGACUCAACAAAAAGUAUGGAAAUUGCAUUAAGGAAUCUGAAUUACAAAUGAAUUUUGCAGAAGCAUAUUGGACAAAUGGUAAUUUGCAUAGCAUGUUUAAAAUUUUUGAAUCGUCCUACUCUAUAGAGUCUACAAAAGUCAAUCACGUAUUAGAACCUAUUAUUCAUACUAUAGUCAAAUCGCACGGUGCUGCAUCAGUAGUUAUGGUUUCAACAUUUGUCAACUCGAUAGUUAUCAAAUAUGGAGAUUAUCAUCCAAUGUGCAUCCUGUGGAAGUAUUUAUUUUUAAGUGAAUUAUAUAAUGACAACCUAGAAGCAGAAAAGUUAAUACAAAAAAAUACUAAUUUAAUAGAAAAUGUACAGUACCUUAUACCAGCCCUUACAAGAAAAUUAUUAAAAACUCAUAAAAUUGAUUAUGUUCAAAAAAUAUUAAUAAUUUUAUUAAAGCAUAAACAAAUGGAACCUUAUCAAUGGAUUUUAAGUUCUCUGUUUGAGUAUUAUUACACAUUAGGAAAUGUUCGCCAAUGUAAAGAAAUUAUGAAACACUCCAUUGAACUCAAUGUACCACUAACGGAAGCACAGCAAUCACGUUUAAUUAAUAAGGUGUUCAACAACAAACAUCAACAAAAAAUCAACAAGGAAGUGACUGCGACUAUAUUUAAACUUAUGUUUUAAAUUAGUAUGAUGUUUGUCAAUACAAUUUUUUUUUCUGAAACCAAAUAGUUAUAUAUUGCUUUAUAUUUUAUAUUAUACUAGUUACAUUAAAUAAUAAUAUAAUAAUAAAAACAAUAUUUAAAAUGGUAA